CUUCCCUUGCAGUUUUGUGGCCGGUGGGACGAGGACUCCAGCUGGCCUGCUGGCCACCAGCCGCGAGAUGGCGAUAACGUCACGAUAGAAGAAGGUCGGACGCUGCUGUUGGGGACCAGCACCAGAGUCCUCAACCUGCUGCAUCUCAAAGGUGGCAAACUCUUGUUUAUUGGGCCUGGACCUGUGGAACUACAUGCUCAUUACAUCCUGGUGUCUGAUGGAGGAGAGCUCCAGGUGGGAUCCCCUGAGGUCCCUUUCCCUCACGAAGCACAAAUCCAUCUCUAUGGGAGCAUCCAUUCUCCACCAGUAUUUCCAUAUGGAGUCAAGUUCCUGGCAGUGAGGAAUGGGACACUUUCCAUUCAUGGCUGGAUGCCCAAAGUAGUUUUCACACGCUUGAAAUCAUCAGCUCAUGCUAAUGACACACGAUUAAUGCUCCAGGAACCUGUUGACUGGGAACCUGGUGAUGAAAUCGUGGUGGGAAGGACAGGCCUUGGAGAUGCCCAGCAGCAGGAAGAAGUGGCUGUUAUCAAGUCUGUGAACAACACAGAGCUUCACCUUAGAUCACCACUCAGGUACUCCCACAGUGUUGGAGAGGGGUGGGGCAAUGGCCAAGGUCAGCCUUUGAGUGCUGUGGUGGCACUAAUCAGCAGAAAGGUUGUUGUUCAAGGAAAUGUCACCCUGGAGAGAAUAUCCCACCUCAGACAGUGUGCAAAAGCAGGUGUUACAAAAGGCAGCUCCAGGUGUCUGUACAAGCGAAGUGAGAGGCAGCUGGGGGCUCGGGACCUGGGAGCCAUCGUGGUUGUGGAGGCUUUCCAGGGAGAGGCGAGCCGGCUCCAGCUGGAGGGUGUCCAAUUCCACCACGUUGGCCAAAUAUUUCGUCAUCACUGCAGUGCCCUGACUGUCACUGGCAACACACGGAUGGCAGACUCUUACAUUCAUGGCUGUUGUGUUUUGGACUCCUUUGGCCAAGGACUCCGCCUGACUGGGAUCUCGAACCUCUCUGUGGACAGCAAUGUUUUCUAUAACAUUUCAGGCCAUGGGCUUGUACUGGGUGAGGGACUGGAAGAGGGGAACAGAGUCAGUAACAACGUAGUGAUUGGCCUUUCUGGAACUGAUGGUUUAUCCAAUGUUGAGACACUGUCACCAGCAGGGAUCUACAUCAGGGCUCCUGCCAACCACAUCAAGGGUAACACAGUGUGUGGUGCUGGGUAUGGCUAUUUCUUUCAUCUGUCCCCUGAGGGACCAUCCAAAGUGCCUCUCCUGUCCUUCAGUGAGAACACAGCUCACUCCUGCACGAGGUAUGGAUUGCUGGUGUACCCAGAAUAUCUGCCAGACAGCUCAAACAGACCUGUUCAGUUCAACAACUUCACAGCUUGGAGCUGCCAAGGGGGAACACAGAUUUUCAGCAGCAGGAAUCUUGAACUCCAGCAUUUCUGGAUUUCUUCUUGCAAAGACUUUGGCAUUGACAUCGUGGAGAGCCUGGGAAACACCUCUGUGUCUGACAGUGUUUUAAUUGGACAUGCUGGGCAAAAGGAGAGGACCUGUAUGUCUGCAGGACUGAAAACUCCCAAGAGAUACCAGCUCUUCAUCUCCAACACAGCUUUCAGGAACUUUGAUGAGAACACCUGCACAGCAAUCAGGACUUGCUCUGGCUGCUGCCAAGGGCAGGGUGGGUUCGCAGUGAGAGCUGAACGUCUGACCUUCAUCAGCUCACCUUUCCAAGUGUCCUUCCCCUUCCCUCACUCUGCCAUCCUUGAGGAUCUCGAUGGCUCCAUCACAGGGCAGAAAGGAAGUCACCUCCUGCCUUCCACAGAUAUCCUUGGGGCAUCUUGCACAGACAGUGCCAACUUCAGUCAAGCUUCUGAUGGUAGUGUCUGUGGCAGUGACCUUGUUUUCCACCGUAUGGCCCUCCAUUUAAAAGAGGCUCCAGACAUUCCCUAUAAUUUAACUGUGACUGAUAGCAGGAAUAAGACAACCACAGUCAAUUAUGUCCCUGAUACUUUAUCAAACCUGUAUGGUUGGGUGGUUCUCCUUUUGGAUAAAGAGACCUACACAUUGACAUUUGACAACCCUUUGGCCAGCAAACAGCUCCAGUAUUCUGUGACAUUUAGCAGCUUCAAGACUGGGAAUUACUUGCUGGUGGAACACAAGGACCUUCCUGCCCAUCUCGAGGUCGUGGUGUCCUGUGGGACAAGGACUGGAGAGCCACUCCAAUCCCUGCCUUCGUAUGGGCAACACAGGAGCUGUGAUUGGUAUCUUGACAGCAGGCAGGGGAAGUUGACCUAUCUGGUCACAGGGGCUGACUUAAUUCAGGUCACACUGAAAGAGAAGAAAAGAGUGUCUUUUCCUACCCCAGAUCCUGCUGGUGCAGUCCUGAAGUGGUCACACCCAGAGACAUGGAAUGACGUGGGAAAAGGCUGGGGUGGAUCCAACUGCAGCAUUCCAGGCCCUGGGGAAGAUGUCAUCAUCCUGCCUAACCGGACCAUCCUGGUGGAUACACCUCUUCCCCCUCUGAGAGGACUCUACAUCCUGGGGACCCUCGAGUUCCCCAGCAACUCCAGCAAUGUCCUGAGUGCAGCCUGUGUUGUGGUGCUCGGAGGUGCUCUGAGAGUGGGUUCUGUGCAACAGCCCCUGGAAAGGGAUUUAAAGCUGCUGGUCCUUCUUCGGGCAUCUGAAGGGAUUUACUGUGAUCGUCUGGAGGGUGUAAAUGUCCACCCAGGGAAUAUUGGGGUUUAUGGACAGGUGCAAAUUUAUAGUGCUUAUCCUAAGAUGCCUUGGACACAUCUGGGAACUAAUGUUGCUCCUGGCAAUGAAAGGAUUUUCGUGGAGGAUGAAGUAGAUUGGGAUAAUGGUGGAGAUAUUGUGAUCAGCUCUUCCUCCUAUGAAGCCCACCAAGCUGAAUUAGUCACAGUUAAAGAAGUCCAUGGUCAUAGUAUAAGAAUUCACGAACACCUUCUCCACAGGCACAUUGGGCGUUCCCAUGACACGGAAGACGGGAGACGCAUCCCUUUGGCUGCGGAGGUUGGACUCCUAACACGGAAUGUACAGAUCGAGUCGGAUGUGCCUUGUGCUGGGAGGAUGGUGGUGGGACAUUUCACAGGCUCCAGUGGGACAGAGUUUGAAGGUGUCCUUCAGCUUUUAAAUACUGAAUUUUUGAACUUUGGGCCCCCUCAGCUUUCUGCCAUUGAAUUCAGGAAUACAUCCCAACAGUCCUCGGUGGUGUCAUCCAGCAUUAAUGGCAGCUGUGGAACUGGCAUUAAAGCAGUCAUGAGCAACGGGAUCUUGUUGCAGGACAACAUGGUGUUCAACACAGUUGGACCUGGCAUAGAUUUGGAAGGGAAGAAUCACUCUCUCAUCAGGAACCUUGUUAUUCUGAGCAGGCAGCCAGCAGGUUCAUUGCACUGGGUUGCUGGAAUCAAGGUGAACCUUGCCAUUGGUGCCUCCCUCUGCGGCAACGCUGUGGCAGGUUCUGAGAGAAUCGGCUUCCAUAUCAGGGGCCAAGAGUGUUCACUAGAUGGAGGAUACUGUAGUGAAAAUGUGGCACAUUCAAAUCUCCACGGUGUUCAUCUGUACCAGGAAGAUGGAUUUCAGACCUGCACUAGAAUCACAGGUUUUCUAUCCUAUAAGAAUUAUGACUAUGGUGUCAUGUUCCACCUUGGAAGCAGCGUGAUCAUGGAAAACACGGUGCUGGUGGACAACACCGUGGGCCUCAUGCCAGUGGUGCACUGUCUCUCUGCCAAGCAGUGCCACAUGGGGAGAAGAUUCAUAGAACUUAGAAAGUCAGUGUUUGUUGCCACAAGCUCAACUUUUGACUGCCUCAGAGACAGGAUCCAGCCUCGCUCAGCUGACCCAACAGCCAAGGAUCGAGCCCCACACUCCCCUCUGAGAGGCCGUGUUGGGAUUUUGUGGCCUACGUUUACCACUGUUCCCAGCCGAAGGCCAGAGAACCCCUGGCACAAAGCUGGCCAUUGUCCAAAAGUCCUGGGACUCAUGAGGAUGAAAGAAGUCACCUUUACUGGUUUUACAAAGAGCUGCUAUAGUGAAGACAGGGAUGUUUGCAUCAUGUCCAAUGCUGAUCAUUUAGGCAUCAUGCCUCUCAUCACAGCACAGACAUCAAGGAUGUUACAUGUCAGUGAGAAGGACAAGUUCUACUUUCAUCCAACAAGUGUACAAACCUCUGAAGACACCACGUUCCCUGAAAAGAAAUGCAAAGGCUCAAGGAAGGCCCUUUUCAAGGAUUUGGAUGGAAGUGUCCUGGACCUGGAACCACCUGUUUCCGUGUUCCCAGAGUCAGAAUUUGAAUGGACGCAGUUCUACUCACAAGCUGGAAUUUACAGAGAUGACAAUAAGUGCAUCUUCAAGCCCUCAGUACAAGGCUACUUCUGUAAACAGGCAGAUCAUGCUCUUGUCAUCCUAGAAAUCCUAGACUCCAGUGUGGACAGCCAGAGACUGUUCCCAGUGGUAACAAUGACUGGCAGCUUUAUGGACACCUUCAGUGACGUGGCUUCACACACUUGGUGUUACCCCACGGAGCAUCGUUCUACUCUAUUUUCUGUGCUGCCAUCCCCCAAGCUCACCACGGUUUGCUUCCCAGACCUCCCACCUCUGGCUUUCAGACUCUUCCUCCUCAGUGGCCAAAACACAACCAGGCUGCCCGUGGCCAUAUUCUACAAUGAACCACUCAGCCUUCGUGUUUUCAUUCAAGGCAAAUAUGUCUCUCCAAACCCAUCUUCUUUUUCACUGAAUGAUGGGGCAGGAGCCAAUUACUUCAGCUUUGAGGACAAUCUCCUCUAUGUUCUCCUCCAUGAGACUGAACCUGUAGAAAUAGUUGCUGGCCUCUCCGUUCUUGUGGCUUUCACUGUAACUGAGUCUGCUGGGGAAGAAGAUGAGGCAACUAUAACACAUCGACUGGCUGAUUUCUUGAAGCUUGGCCAUGACCUAGUCAGAGUAGUCCAUCACGUGCCGGGAGGUGAAAGCAUGUUGAAGGUAAUCUCAGCCAACGCCAGCAAAAAGAAGUAUCACUGCCCUAACAUGGCCUUUUGCACAGCCUUUCACAGCAGAUAUGGCCCACAGGAAGUGGGGAGGCAACCAGUGAGCACCCGGGCUCUGCAGCCAUCUGAUACAGCUGGUCCGUCCAGGGUGCUGAUCAUCGAACUUGGUGAUCCGCCACGUCAUCCAAGAAAUGAGUUGACAAGUGACAGCUUAAAGAGUUUGGCCAGAACAAUUAUCAACACUCAUCAAACUGGAGACCUUCAGAGAGGCCUUGGCUUGCCAGUUGAGACCUUAAUGGUGACUCAGUCUGGCUUGCUGUCCCCAGCAGAAGGUAACAGGAGAAACACAAGCAGACAACACUCCGAAACAUGCCUAUAUGUGAGACCCUACAAGAUCUCUGUUCAGGUGCAACCCUCAGAUGGAGAAAUCGAGAAGCAGCUUCCUGUACAGCCAAAAAUCAUUUUCCUGGACAGAAAGGGUCAAAGAGUUGACAAACUGGGGCCUCCCUCAGAACCCUGGGUUGUGUCAGCUCAUCUCAAGGGCUCCUCCGAGGCUGUGCUGAAAGGGCUCACCCAAGUGCAGGUCAUAGAUGGAUGUGCAAGGUUUUCCAGUCUGGCUGUCUCCAGCACAGGUACAAACUGGAGACUGGUGUUCACUGUCACAUCACCUCCAGGGGCGAAGUUCACUGUGCUGUCUCAGCCAUUUUCCAUCUUCCCUGUCCCUGUGGCAGCAAAGGCCAGCAUGAUCCUUGUUGUCCUACUGAGCUCAGCAGCAUCUGCAUUCACCAUUAUUCUGGCAUUCUGCUGGUUCAAGAAGAGCAAAAGCAACAAAACAAGGGCUGAACGGGCUGAUGUACCAAGGACCAGUACUAAGAGACAUAAUAAACUAGCACAGCCUCCUGCAGCUCCCAUCAAGCCUUGCUGCAAUCAAGGAGAAGAUGAAAAAGGAGGAGGUAUGGCAGAAACUGGAGCUGUGGGACGUGCCACAGGACAACUGGAGGAGUUGAACCUGUCGCCCUGUGAAGCCAAGUCAGUGAGAAAGCUGAGCGAUGUCCAGCGUAAGACGGGGGACAGACACCCCUUUUCUUCAGCAGGGAAAAGGGGCAGUCACCAACAGCCACGUGGAGGAACAAUUCCUGGUGACCCUGUGGAACAUCAGCAGCCAGCUGCCCCGGGAUGCUCCAGCCAGAAGGAAGUCCCCAGACCUUCAGCUGGUUACAACCAGGAAAGGGAGGAGUCCGAAAGGAUGCCCAGACACCAGAGCAGUGUGGGAGAGCACGUUGCCAUGGUGGCAGCAGAGGGGUAAAGAAGUGGUGUGAGGGGGUGGACCGCUAGCAAAGCAAGAUUUUCCUGGCUGGAAGCCAAUGGGGAGCUGAGUCUUUUGUCUCUGCGUUCAGAGAAAACCAUACACAUGUUUGGACGGGGAACUAGACGGGCAAAUGAAGCUGUUACCUGGAUCUGCAGCCAUCUGGGAGUCUCUGGCCAUGUCUUUGAUGUUGACCUUCCUUAGCUGCCAAAGAAGGCUUGGUGCAUCCAAACUGCCUGUUCAGAACAGCCCUCUGACACCUUUAAAACUCUCUUCAAGCUUUGUUUGGUGGAGUGUUAGAUCAGCUUUGAGAUCCCAUUCCAAAGCAGUCAGGGAUUAGCCCAACAACUCAUCUUAGUGUCUAGAGCAAUGCUACUUGGUAUUUAUGCAUAUAUACAAAUAUAUGAAAAUUUUCUCCUUUUCUUCAACCAUGCUUUUAGUUUCAUACAAAGAACCUUGGUA